AUGCCCGUCGAGGAAGACUACGAUGCGCGCGCCCUAGCCCUGCCUUUGGACGACGACGAGUCUCCCGAACGAAGCCCCAGCCCCAUCUGGAGUCGCCGCUCACACUCGAAUUCAUUCCGCCAGAACAGACCGCACUCUGCAGGUCAUGCGCGGCCACGGUCCCGGAUACGGACGCUGGUGGACAACUACAACAAGCUCAACCACCAGUUCAUGAGCCGAUAUGAGAAGCUGUCGCCAUUCAAGAAAGUCUUGUUCUCAGUGGGGGGAAUAGUCCUAUUCGUCUUGUCAAUAUUGUUCCUCGUAUACAACGAGAAGAUAUUCCACGCCUUCUUGCCCGCCGCGAAGAAGUGGAGAGACAUCACCGCUGGCUGGCUGAUACUCUGGGCCCUGAUCUUCAUCGUAUCGUUCCCGCCAUUGAUCGGCUACUCCAGCCUCCUGACCAUUGCCGGCUUCGUCUACGGCUUUCCAAACGGCUGGUUCGUCGCCGCAACCGCCACCGUAGCCGGCUCCACCGCCUCAUUCCUCGCCUCGCGCUCCCUCCUCAAAAACAUGGUCCACCGCCUCGUCGCGCACGACAAGCGCUUCGCCGCGCUCGCCCUGACGCUCAAACACGACGGCCUCAAGCUGCUCAUCAUGAUCCGCCUCUGCCCGCUGCCCUACUCCCUCUGCAACGGCGCUAUCGCUACCUUCCCCACCGUCUCCGCUGCCUCCUACGCCCUCGCCACCGCAAUCGUCUCCCCGAAGCUCCUGCUGCACAUCUUUAUCGGCGCGCAGCUCGCCAUCAUCGCCGAGAACGGCGGCAAGAUGGAUGCGAAGAGCAAGGCGCUGAGCUACGUGAGCAUAGCGAUUGGCGGCGUCGCAGGCGUCACGACAGGGUGGUUCAUGUACAAGAAGACGAAGGAGCGGGCGGCGCAGUUGGAGGCUGAGGAGCGCGCGGGCGUGAGGCGCAUGUCGAUUGAGGAAUUGGAGAACGAGUAUGCGGAUGAUCCCGCGGCGCUGGAGGCGGCGGAGACGCUGAGGGAAGACGACGACGAUAUUAGUCUGCGGACGGGCUGGGGUGAUGAGUACCAUGAUGAUGUUACCGAUGCGGAGGACGAUGCGCUGGAGAUCCCGGACGAUCCUUUUGGCGCGGGGGAUGCUGAGAGGGAGGACGACGGAACCAAGAAGUAG